AGACCACCGAUUCAUUUUCAGCAUUACCACCAAAAAUAUCUAGUCAUACGAUGUAGUUCUCGUUUGUUAUAGACGACCGCCUACAGGGUUGCUGAAAGGCGAUGGAAAUGACGACGCCUACGAAUAAUUGGUAUAGCGCCUGCUAGCUUGGCUGUCUACAGCGCCUAAAAAACUCUGCACCUCCUAGCAGCGCAGUGGUCGUAGGUGCAGCUGGCGCUGUCUAGCACGAUGCCUCCAGUUGAUGAAGUGGAAUCGGCACCGCGGACACCCGAAUUGCAGAAUGCACCUCCGGAGCUGCAGCAGACGCCACAGGAUGACAUCGGUGGAGGCAAUAACACGCCUGGUGCCGCAGCUUUCGCUACCCCAGUUAAGGCUUUUCUUGUUGCUAAGAGGACUUUAUAAAUAUGUGUCCUCGUGUUCUGACGCAGAAGAAAGAUAGAUUCUAAUCUGAGUUCCCAAUAUGGUGCGACACCGGCAGAUCGGAGUCCUGAACAGCGAAGGCGAGAGCAGCCAGCGGGUGUGGGAAUGCCACCGCCUACAAUCCAAAAUGCUGAGCCACUGGACCAUGUGCCGCUUGCGCCAGGAAUAGUUGCGACAUUAUGGCGGUCUAAUGAAUUGCAUGCAAAGGUUGUGAUCGAGAUAGCACCUGUGGUAUUUCAGAAGUUCUUCUUCUUGCAAAGGCAACUUUUUCUUGCUUGUAUUGCAGAUAGCUCCUUUGGCCUUUCUUCUCAGGAGUUUCCUUUUCAGGAGUUUUCCUUUCAAGAACAUAGGUUCUUUCAUAUACCGGAGGUGGCGGUGCAGUUCCGACAACCUAUGGAGCAGCCACAGGAAUGCCGAAACGUGGACGUUGGUUCAACGAACCCAACAAGCUGAUUCCCAUAGGGUUUAUUCUCACCUUGAUCACCUACCUUUUCACAUGCUACACUUGGCUACACCUGUUGCCGAGAUUGCAGGUUUACAGCGUUUCCUCAGAAGGAGGAGACUUUUCGACGCUGACCAAGCAUCAAAAAGACAAAUUUUUUUUAGAAGGUGUGGCGUUGAGCAUCGUUUUUGGGUAUUUCACCGCUCAAAUGCUGUACUGCUAUUGGAAAGCGAUCUUUACGGACCCUGGUGUGAUCCCAAACGAUCCGAUGUGGGGCUAUCACUAUGAAAACAACGGCUACCAAGUCGCGAGCGUCGCGUUUGAGAGGAAGAAGGUACAGCCUGUAAUGUUAAUGUCGGUUUACCGUUGAAGGACGAGGAAUUGUAGAACCUACAAUUCCUCGUCCUUCAAAGAUGAUAUGUGAGUUUUGCUAGAUGAUUAAAUGAAAGAAUAGUUCGUCAUAUCUAGUGAGGGAGUCACUGAAAAAAUUAAGUACAUCACCCUCACAUUCAGGACGGCGACCUCCGCAACUGUAAGUGGUGUUCGAAAUACAAACCAGACCGCACUCAUCAUUGUCGCGUUUUGGGCCGUUGCGUGCUGAAAAUGGACCAUCACUGCCCUUGGAUCUUCAAUACAGUGGGGUUCUACAAUUAUGGCUUAGUGUAAGUCAUUGUAGGAGGUUUGCGGGUAACAAGGUGUCUAAUAUUUACCAUCCUCUAUCACCUCUAAUCCUUCCACAAAUAUUUCUUCCUGUUGCUGUUCAACGCGGUGAUUGUGCUGUGGCUUAUCGUAGGGACCUUUUGGACUACGGUUUGGGCGCUCGUUGCUCCAGUAUCUGGUAGUGGCGUAAUACCAGCAGAACUACCUCUAUUGCUAGAACCUGGCAAAGAGCCGCCACUUUUCUUGGUUUUCAUAGCCCUGUACGCAGAGUCUCUAGCAGUUUUUGUCGGCUUAAUUUGCGGUUUGUUCUUUUCUUUUCACGUUUUUCUACUCUUCAAGGGAUUAACGACAAUCGAAUUCUGCGAAAAACACACGCAGGGUGGGAAUGGUAUUUUGGUGGAGGAUAUUAGGUAUGACCUUGACUUGGCUUCUAUCUUCGUGUCUAUCCUCAGGUAUCACAACUCAAAAACCAAGCUUCAUCAAGCUCUAUUCUACUCUACUCAGGUCCUCAUUACCCGUCUCCCCCUUCAUCUCAUCCCAGAUGCUCAAUACCCCUCCCGUCCCUCGCAUCCGUUUUCGGCACCGGAGUCGCACCAUCCGCAGCCUCUGUCGCUUUAUCAAAGCAAGUUCGAUCUCGGUGUAUACGGCAACAUUGCUGCUGCGUUAGGACCGAACCCGUUGCUUUGGCUGGUGCCUAUUGCGAACAUGAAAGGUGACGGUUUGGUGUACAAAUUGCCAAUGGCGUUUAAGAUUGAAAACUAGACUUGACCCUGUGAGGUAGUCGAGGGACAGCGGGAUGCAUGGAUGAGCAGGAGCAGAAGUAAGUCGUACAAGUAAGUUGCAGGAGUAUCUUUUAGGUCGAGUCUGAAUGAUCCUCACAUUGGAUGAUAAAAAACGGACAAUUUUUUUUCCAGACUCUUUGUUUUUUCCCGAAGCAAUGCUUUCUGUAAGUACAUACUGUUGUACGCGAAGCACAU